CGUCAAACGCGCCAAGCAGCAUCCAUUGUUCGAGCAGUUCGUGCGAGUGCACGCGAUUCCACGUCGUCCUCUCUGCACCGCCUUCCGUUCUUCUCGGAUAUCACCUCGUUGGGUGUCAGCAGUACCGCAGAGGCUCGUCGUCAUUCGAGUGCGGCCAGUCGAAGUUAUUACUAUCGAUUGAAACUGUUCCCGUCAAAGAAAAGCGGCAAAGGAAUUAAACUCAAGUUGGAUCGAUUGGCCGUCGCAGCGUUGUUCGAUCGUAACAACUCGAUUCUUUCGUGUGUAUUCGACGUAAUUCUCGCAGUUAGUGUCGCCGGUUUGGCUGGCUCUUUAUUGACCAGAUCCAUCUUCAACGGCUUAUCGCUGAUAUUGUUCGCAAUUGUUGUGGCCGGAACACAUCCGGAUGCCGCAUCUCCAAUUCACGGUUUCAAUUGGAUUGUCGCAUAUUCACGUCCGGUGUUUUUUUGUUUAUUGGGUUUGAUAGUUUUGUUGAUCGACGUGGCUUGGUGGGAUCAUGGACUGGCCGAGACGGUGAUCGCGUGGGAGUGGAAUCCGUAUCGCCUCGGAUCGGUGGCGAGUGCGUCUGUGAUCGAAGCGAUUCGCGAUCUGAUGGCCACUCUGGUGCUGCUUUUACCGAUCGCGUUCACUUUGGGAUUACUACCUCAGGUGAACACGAUGCUAUUGCACGUGAUGGAACAAGUGGAGAUGCACGUGUUCGGUGGCACUGCGUGUUUUUCGCUCAUUUCCGCAUGCAUUCAGCUCACGAAAAGCUUACUCGCAUUCGCAUUACUUUCGUUGUUGGCGCAUUUCGCCCAUCGAGACCAUCCGCACUCAACACAAAACGUCAUUUUCUCGGCGUUCGCCGCUGUGGCCGUUUCGGUCUCUUUCUUCUUAUCCAGGUAUUAUUAA